AUGAAGACGCAGCUACAUCUCAUCGUCGCGUUCGCGCUGGUUAGCGCGGUCGCGUCUCCCUCGCACGCGGUGAUCGCGGUUGGGCCGGUCACCAACCCGGACAGCGCCAACGGCGUCGGCACCUUCGGUGGCAACGGCGGCGCGGUGGUCGGCGUUGACGAAGACGCCGUCACCCCGCUCGGCAACGACAUCACCGUCUUCACCCUGCUGCCCGGCCAGUUUACCGGCGGCGGCUUCAGCGUAUCGCUCUCCAAUGGCGAGAACGGCUACACCGAGAUGAUCGACGACGGCAACGGCGGCAUGAUCGCCGACGACGUCGACAACCUGGAGCCGCUCGACCCCGCGAUCGCCGCGGUCAACGGUGGUGGCCGCCUGCAAAACGGCAACGUCCUGCGGGCCUCGGCGUGGUUUCAAGCCGACCCGAACGACCCCAUCACGUUCGAGCCGAGCGUUGAGCCGGUCUUCAAGUGGGAGUUGUGGAAGGAGUUCGAUGGCAACAACGGUGACUUCACCAGCGGCCGCGCUGCCGAAGCGGGCUUCGGCGACCGGUUGUGGGACACCGACAUCAACGCGCCUUUCGAGGGCUUCUUCGAGUUCGACUACACCGGGCAGAGUGACGCGACGCGGAUCGACCUCAACAACAACGGCUCGAUCGCGAACGGCGACGACCUGACGGGGCCGUCUCUCGCGCCGACGACGACCGAGGACGAGUGGGUGCUGGUCGAGUCGAUCAUCGUGAUCGACGACACGCCGAACCUCCUUGAGCCGGCCGCCGGCUGGAUGAUCGGCACGUCGGGCGAGCACUUCGUGGACCGAGUCGAACGCGUCACGGCGACCAUGUUUGUCGGCGACUUCGGCGCCGGCCUCAACGAGCCGGGCGGCAGCUUCUGGGUCGACAACGUCCAGAUCGAGGUCUUCGCCGACCUGGCUUCGGUGACGCCCAACACGAACCCACGGCCCGAAGCGGCGCCCGGCCUCGCCGCCGACUUCAACGGCGACGGCGCGGUCGACCUGCUGGACCUCGACAUCCUGGGAUCGAACUUUGGCAUGGCUGGAACGCCCAUGACCGGUGACGCCAACGGCGAUGGCGUCGUCGACCUGCUGGACCUCGACGUUCUUGGGUCGGAGUUCGGCAUGGGCGGCGAGUCGGCCGCCGUCCCCGAACCAACCGGACUAGCGAUCGGCGUGAUGGGCGUGGUUGUCCUAGCGCGCUCAGCCCAACCGCUUGCCCGCUUCGUCGCCGGCGAACAGACGCCACGCGCCGUCGCGGAUCGUCAGCGGCGCGGUCUCGGCGAGCUGCGUGCUCAGAUCGCCGGACAGUCGGGCGAUGCAAGGCAAGCUCUGGCCGUCCUCGGGCCGCACGCCGAGCGUCGCCGGGCCAUCCGCCUCGACGCCGGGGACGCUCCAGCUCGCGUCGACGCCGUCGGCCGUGAACUGUCCGCCCUGGACGACGCCCUCGAUCAGGUUCAUCGGCGGGCUGCCGAUGAACGUCGCCACGAAGCGGUUGGCCGGGUUGUUGUAGACCUCCAGCGGCGUGUCGACCUGCUGCACGACGCCGUGGUUCAUCAGCACGAGCCGCUGCCCGAGCGUCAUCGCCUCGACCUGGUCGUGCGUGACGUAGAUCAUCGUCGCCCCGAGUCGCUCGUGCAGGCCGGCGAUCUCGGUGCGGGUCUCCGCGCGGAGCUUCGCGUCGAGGUUCGAGAGCGGCUCGUCGAACAAGAACGCCGCCGGGUCGCGGACGAUCGCCCGCCCCAGCGCGACGCGUUGCCGCUGCCCGCCGGAGAGCUCGCGCGGCCGGCGGUCGAGCAUCGGCUCGAUGCCGAGCAUCUCGGCGGCCCGGCCGACCCGCUCCUUGAUCUCCGCCUUCGGCGUGCGACGCAUCUUCAGGCCGAACGCCAUGUUCGCCCGCACCGUCAUGUGCGGGUACAGGGCGUAGUUCUGGAAGACCAUCGCGAUGUCGCGGUCGCCCGGCUCGACGUCGUUGACCAGCCGGUCGCCGAUGUGGACCUGCCCCUCGGAGACUUCCUCGAGGCCCGCGACCAUGCGGAGCGUCGUCGACUUGCCGCAGCCGCUCGGGCCGACCAGCACGACCAGCUCGCCGUCGGCGAUCUCAAGGUCCACGCCACGCACCGCGUGGAAACCAUCGGGGUAACGCUUGUGGACGCCCGUGAGGGUGACUUUCGCCACGGCAAAACGAAGAAUCGAGGGAGAGACGGUCGGCCAACUCGGUCUGCCAUGAUACUAAGGACUCUGGCACACUGGCAGGCUCGGGGACCGGCGACACGCGAGCGUCCUGGCGCUCUUGGCGCUCUUGGCGUCUUGGCGUCUUGGCGGUUCCAACUUCCUUCGAACGAAAGGCCUGCCGUGCCGGACGCCACUGAAACCUGCGUCGCCGACCUCGACCUCGCCGGCGAGCUGCCGCUGGGGCGGGCGAUGCUCCGCCAGCUCCGCAAGUCGCGGUUCCGGCUGAAGUGCAGCGACUCGACCGGGCAGACGCUCACCGGCGGGCAGUUGCUCACCAAGGCGCUCGUGCUGCGUCGCCUGCUGCUGCGCGACGUGCUGACGGCAGACGAAGAGCGUGUCGGCGUGCUGCUGCCUCCAACCAACGGCGGGGUCGUCGUCAACGCGGCCCUCGCGUGCGCGGGGCGCGUCGCGGUGAACCUCAACUACUCCGCCUCGGCCGACGUGAUCAACGCCUGCAUCGCCGCGGCCGGCAUCAAGCACGUGCUCACCAGCGAGAAGGUGCUCGACAAGUUGGGCGUCUCGCUCGACGCGGAGGUCGUCAAGCUCGAGUCGUUCCGCGACCGCGUCACGACGGCCGACAAACUGGCCGGCUUCGUCGGCGGGUACGUGACACCGGUCGGCAUGCUCGAGCGCUCGCUCGGCCUCGACCGUCAGUCGAUGGACGACGUUCUGACGAUCAUCUUCACCAGCGGCUCCACCGGCCGGCCGAAAGGGGUCAUCCUCUCGCACCGCAACGUCGUGGCGAACAUCCGCUCGAUCGAGGUCGCCGUGCACCUGGACGCGGAGGACGUGAUCCUCGGCAUCCUGCCGUUCUUCCACGCGUUCGGUUUCACGGUGUCGCUCUGGGCGCCGCUGGUGCUCGACAUGCGCGGCGCGUACCACUUCAACCCGCUCGACGCCCGACAGGUCGGCAAACUCUGCAGCGGGUCCGGCGCGACGAUCUUGCUGAGCACGCCGACGUUCCUCCGCUCGUACCUCAAGCGGGUGCCGGCCGAGGACUUCGCGUCGCUCGACAUCGUGAUCGUCGGCGCCGAGAAGCAACCGAUCCCGCUGAGCGACGCCUUCGAGAAGAAGUUCGGCGUCCGACCAUCCGAGGGUUACGGCGCGACGGAGCUCGCGCCGGUCGCUUCGGUGAACAUCCCGCCGUCGCGCUCGCGCACCGACCGCGUCGACGCUCGCGAGGGGAGCAUCGGCCAGCCGCUGCCGGGCGUGCGGGCGCGCGUCGUCGACCCGGAGACGGGAGACCCGCUGCCGGCCGACGCCGAGGGGAUGCUCGAAGUCACGGGGCCGAACCGCAUGGUCGGCUACCUCGACGACGAGGCGAAGACCGCCGAGGUGCUCCGCGACGAGUGGUACGUCACGGGCGACAUCGCCCGGAUCGACCCGGAGGGUUUCAUCCACAUCACCGGCCGCCAGAGUCGCUUCUCGAAGAUCGGCGGCGAGAUGGUGCCGCACGUGCGGGUCGAAGAAGAGAUCCAGGCGUUCCUCGGCGGCGCCGACGCGGAGGAUCAGAUGGCGGUCGUCACCGGCGUCCCCGAUCAGAAGAAAGGCGAACGCCUCGUCGUGCUGCAUCUAGCAAGCGACAAGACGCCCGACGAGGUCUGCGAGCACCUCCGCGGCCAGGGCCUGCCGAACCUCUGGGUCCCGUCGCCGGACUGUUUCUUGGAGGUCGAAGAGCUGCCGCUGUUGGGAUCGGGGAAGCUCGACCUGAAGGGUUUGGCGGCCGUGGCGCGUGAGAAGUUCGCCAACGACGCCUAA